CUCUUCUCAGUACUUGGAGAUUCCAACAGACCCCAAUCUAAAUCAAACCAAACAGUCGUCAAAAUGACCAUCAUCACUGUUCCCAACGGAUACGGCUACGUCCUCCUAGCCGCCAGCUCGACCGCGUUCCUCAACACCUUCCAUGCCAUCCUGACGUCCACCCGCCGCAAGGCUGCCGGCGUCAAGUACCCCAUCACCUACGUCACCGCCGAACAGGCCGACAAAGAUCCCAAGGCGUAUGCCUUCAACUGCGCCCAACGCGCCCACGCGAACUUCACCGAGAACCUGACCCCGUUCCUCACCGCUUUGCUCAUAUCCGGGCUCAAGUACCCCGUCUACUCAGCCGUGCUUGGCGGCACCUGGGCCUUUGGCCGCGUCUUGUUUGCGCUGGGCUACACGUCUAAGGGCCCUCAGGGACGGACGACGGGUGGGUAUCUUGCCUCGCUCAGUAACAUUGUUCUGGCUCUUGGGGCUGCUUAUACUGCUCUGGGGUUUGCGCUAGGUUGGUAAACUGGGGACUGGAGUGGUGAUUGUGAGGUGCACAUACUGAUUUGUUGCCGUGUAUUAUAAUGGACGGGAUGCGUAUAUGUGUAGGCGAGGAACUUGUCAGUCUUUUAGAAGCUGUUUAUAUCACUGAAGAGCUGUUUGUGGUCGUAUCUGCUCUGUAUUGAUUAUGUGGAUCAUAGCAGACGAUGUCUACGGCCAAAAGGUAAAAACUUUCAGAUUCAGCAGUCUUCCAAGCAAC